AGUCGCUGGGCCAGGCUGGUUUCACUUCGCUCCCCGCAGGCACUGGGUCACCAGCUGUUUGGAGCUCUGCGGUCCUUGCCGCCUUCGCCGUCACCAGAUUCCUGCAGCCGCUCUGCGAACUGUGCCCCACUUGCAUCUGCACAAUCUCUGCUGCUCCCCGCCGCCACCUCCUCGGCGCCCUUCCCCGGCCCUCGUCCCCCCAAUGUCUGACUCUGAUUCUCGGACUGAGAAACGCAAGAAAAAAAGACCAAAUGGCCAAGCAACCUUCUGAUGUAAGUUCUGAGUGUGAUAGAGAAGGUGGACAAUUGCAGCCUGCUGAGAGGCCUCCCCAGCUUAGGCCUGGGGCCCCUACCUCCCUACAGACAGAACCGCAAGGUAAUCCCGACGGCGUCGGCGGCGAAGGGGACCGCUGCCCCCACGGCAGCCCUCAGGGCCCGCUGGCCCCACCGGCCAGCCCUGGGCCUUUUGCUACCAGAUCCCCACUUUUCAUCUUUGUGAGAAGAUCUUCUCUGCUGUCCCGGUCCUCCAGUGGGUAUUUCUCUUUUGACACAGACAGGAGUCCGGCACCCAUGAGUUGUGACAAGUCAACACAAACCCCAAGUCCUCCUUGCCAGGCCUUCAACCAUUAUCUCAGUGCGAUGGCUUCCAUAAGGCAGUCUCAGGAGGAACCUGCAGACGUUCGCCCUGAGAUACGGAUUGCACAGGAGCUUCGGCGGAUUGGAGACGAGUUCAAUGAAUCCUACACGAGGAGGGCUGAAGACCACCCUCACCACCCUCAAAUGGUUAUCUUACAACUGUUACGUUUCUUCAUCCGUCUAGUAUGGAGAAGGCAUUGACAGGAUCUCCAUGCAGCCACGGAUAAAUGUGGACAUUGCUCUUGUUCGGACCGCCAGAACCCCAGCACUUCAGUCUCCUGGUGCCGUGAAGAUGCCACCGUGGCCGGUGGU